AUGUUCACAUCAUCAUCAUCGAGUCGUAUAACCGCUCGUGGUGGUAUCGCGUACAAAUCAACGCGUACCCUUAUACCGAAUUGGGUAUUUGGGCUCAUAGAAAGCAAAGAUAAAAGAAUGAGCUUGACUAGUAAACUACAUUUUAGAAAAAAACGAUCCAAAACCUUGAUCAACAGUAUGCUUCUGGCUGGUAUAUUCCCAUACGAGGUGUCCCAUUUUGAUAUUCGAGCGUACGCUUGGACGAUUUUCUCAAUUUUCGCCCUCAGUUACAUAGUUUUAUUCACCUCGUACAACUUGACCAUUUUGCACGGAUUUAUGGUGCGAAUUUCCACCGUCAAGACCAUCCUAUCGGCUGCCAUGUGCUUGAUUGUAUUACUGAUGACUUACGCGAAGCGUCACGAUCUCAUGGAUCUGAUCGACAUAACUGAAAAUAAUUUCUACACUUACACGGAUGAAAAAAAUUUCAAGUUUGUCUCCAGCUCGUCUAGUAUUUCGGAAAAAAUCACCAUUUACGCGGCGGCCGUCUAUUUUAUCGGUAUUUAUUCGUCAGCUGUUCUAUCACAUCCUAUUUACUUGGCAUUUAAUAAAAAUUUACUGAAAAGCGGUUCGAAAAUGCUGAUUUUCACGUGGGUACCAUUUAAAGGCGAUACGAUCGCUUCUUUUUACAUGGCUCAUUCGAUGCUGUUCAUUGUGACCAUUCCGGUAGUCAUGACCAUCGUCGGUAAUGUAUGGUUGACUUUGAAUUUCCAAAUGGAAUUCAGAUACCAGUUUGAACGUUUGACUUAUGCUCUACAAUCCAUAACCAAACGAAUUAAAAUCCAGAUUCAGAAAAGAAACUCCAAGUUGCUACAAGUGUUCCCCAGGAUUACCAUUCAGCAUCACGCACAAACAGAAGAUUCCGAUAUAAUGCCGUUUACCGAUGAAAUUAACGAGAAGUAUGAACAAAAAUUGGUCGAAUGCGUGCAACAUUAUCAACAAAUUGUUCAGGCGUAUAAAAAAUUUCACAACUGGUUCGGAUUAACCUAUUCGAUCAUCUUAGCUCAUAGUGUGCUGACUUUGGCUAUGAUGUCAUAUGGUGCAUUGUUGAAUAUCAAAAAUUUUGGUGUAAGCGUCAAGUAUUUAUCAGUGUUGCUUAUGUACACGGGGCAAGCUUACAUACAUUGCGUUUGUGGAGAAAGAGUUUUCAGAAUGAAUGAAGAUUUAACCAACCAAAUAUACAAUUUAGAUUGGUAUAGGCAACCAGCAUCACGCAGAAAACUACACUACAUAUUUUUAUGCGAAGCUCAAAAACCGCUACGUUUAUUCGGUUUACUCAUUUAUCCAGCGUCGUUGACCACCUUCACCAGUAUCAUGAAGCUGUCUUACUCUUACCUGAAUCUUUUGAGAACCUACGGUUCGUCUUUUCGAAAAUGA